AUGAUUCAUUCACCGAAUCUAAGAGGAUCGGUGUUGGAAGAAGAUGUGACAGACUACGAAGAAUUGCCCUAUCACCCAUGCUACGCACCGUCUGACGAUCGCACUUCCAUGUAUGAUUUGUUGGAUGACGAUACCAAACACGGGUGUACAGCACCAAUAGAAUCACCAAAAGAGAGUAAACCAAAUUCUCACAGUCUGUUCGACCCCAUUACUCCUGAUAACAAGAAGACCCAAACUCGAAACACGGGAUCUCACACGUUUCCAAACAUGCUCUAUUUACAACCUCGAAUGCUACUAAAACCGGACGGGAGUGAAGAGACUGAACAGUCUGACGAAACUAAAGUAUUCAGUGAACCAUGGCCAAAGACCAAUAAUGUGACCAAUCCCGAUUCGUAA